ACUACAUUCCAGUUUACAUUUUCGAUACUUUGUUUCUCGAAAAUGUCAAAAAUUGUUUAUUUUUACAACUGUUUACAGCGAGAUUUCUGAGUCCAUGGGUUACAGUCCACUUCAGCAAGCCCAAUACUCCACAGUGAAGGACUGGAUAAUUGGAAUUGGCGCGUUGAUUGGAUCUGCGUUGUUUGGAUAUUACAUUGGUAUGCAUCUGUCAAAAAAGAAAACACGCAUUAAUAGUAAAAUCAAACUUUCCAUUGAUAAAGUAGCGGAAACGGUUGAUUUAGAAGACAUUGGCGAGCAAAAAGUGUUCUGUCGAUGCUGGAAGAGCAACAAUUGGCCUUAUUGCGAUGGAAGCCAUAACAAGCACAAUCAAGUUACCGGUGACAAUGUCGGACCGCUCAUUGUAAAGAAGACUCGAGCAUAAAAAACCAAUGAUUCCUCAGUGUUUCAGUGUAUUUUACUUAUUCAUCAUCAUUUGUUGGAAUUCUCAUCGUAUAUCGUUGAAAAUUAGUAUUAAUAGCAGUGUGGUAUGGAAUGUGUUAACUUGUUUACUCUUCAGUCUCUUGGCUUCUCUGAAAAUGGACUUCAACUGCAUAUAUAAUGAAUUGAUAUCAAUAAAUCUCUUAUGAUCAC